AAAAACCCUUCCAAUCCAAUCUUCCCUUUCCAAACUGAAAACCCGACUCCAUAGCUGAAAUACUUCAAAGCUUCAAAAACCACAAUGAGUGGAAACAGUAACUCGGGUAGGUUCGGCGAUUCCUCUGAUGUUUCCAUGGACGACAAUGGCGGCUAUGCUUUGAGCGGCAGAAUCAUGCUCAGCACCAUCGUCGUCUUGUUCUUCGUCGUCUUACUCGCGUUCGUCCUCCACCUCUACGCCCGCUGGAUGCUCCUCCGUGCCCGCAACCUCCGUUCCCCCAACGGCAGACGGAACCGACGGCGAAGGCAGCUCGUUUUCUACGCUGACAACAACGCCCCCGCGACGCGCGGCCUGGAUGCGCGGGUGCUAAAGUCUCUCCCGGUCUUCACUUUCUCCGCCGUGACAAACCCGGAUUCCGCCGUCGAAUGCGCCGUUUGCUUGUCGGAAUUCGAAGAGAACGAGUCGGGUCGGGUAUUGCCCAAAUGCAAGCAUAGCUUCCAUGUAGAGUGUAUCGAUAUGUGGUUCCACUCUCAUUCCACGUGUCCCCUUUGUCGGACUCCCGUCGAAGGACCCGUACCCGUAUCUGAGAACCCGGGAGAUGUAGUUUUAACCGUCAAUGAACCGUUAGGCGGGGAAUCUGGAUCGAAUCGGGGCUCCGAUUUGUGUUCCACGUGUGAUCACGAGGAGCAACAGGCAGCUACGUCGGCCGUUGAGUCCAGGAGGAAAUUAUCGGUCGAGGUUCCGAGAAGAAACACAGAAGGUUUUGCAAGUGAGUCGAGUGGGUGUGACUCAGGGCCGAGUCAAUCUUAUAAAUCGCCGAUGACUCGUAUGUUGUCGUUUAAGAGGAUAUUGAGUAGAGAACGAAGAGCGAGUGGAUCAAUCAAUGUCUCUGAGUCGGAUAUAGAGGGAGGUGGGGAAGGGGGACUCAGCGAACUCAAGGCGAACUCGGGUGAGGUCUGUGACUCGGUAGACAAAAAUAUCAGCCAAGUGGAUGAAUUAACCUUAUCGACGUGAAAAGACAAUUCAUACGAGGAUUUGGAAGCACAUAAUCUGCGAGCAUUCUGGAUACGUGGCAGCUUUUGGGACGUUUAUGAGCGAGAUUUUUUUUAUUGGUUUUUUUUAUGUGUAUAAUUUUUGUCUAUCCCAAACAAUAAUAUACAAACUCAAUCAUGUCGAUAAUUACGCUCAAAAAUCUUAUGUUGGUACCUCUCUUUUCCACUAAA